UGUGAUUUCAGAUUCCAGCAGGGCGACUACCACAUCGAUGUCUGUAUCAAUGACUACCUGGAUGUGUUCUGCCCUCACUAUGAAGACUCGGUGCCAGAAGAUAAGACCGAACGCUACGUUCUGUACAUGGUGAACUUUGAUGGCUACAGCUCCUGCGAUCACACCUCCAAAGGGUUCAAGAGGUGGGAGUGUAAUCGGCCGCAUUCCCCAAAUGGACCGUUGAAGUUCUCGGAAAAAUUCCAGCUCUUCACGCCCUUCUCGCUAGGAUUUGAGUUCAGGCCAGGCCGGGAAUAUUUCUACAUCUCUUCUGCGAUCCCAGAUAAUGGAAGGAGAUCCUGUCUAAAGCUUAAGGUCUUUGUGCGGCCAGCAAACAGCUGUAUGAAAACUAUAGGUGUUCAUGAUCGUGUUUUCGAUGUUAACGACAAAGUAGAAAAUUCAUUAGAACCAGCAGAUGAUACCGUACAUGAGUCAGCCGAGCCAUCCCGUGGUGAGAACGCGGCACAGACACCAAGGAUACCCAGCCGGCUUUUGGCAACUCUAUUGUUCCUCCUGGCAAUGCUUUUGAUAUUAUAGCACAGUAUGCUCCAGCAACCUGUCGCAGAAAAUAUCAGGGUCUUGGAACAUCAAAGAUCCACCUAACUGCUCAUCCCGGGAAAGGGACUUUAUUUGUUUUUGCAGAUGUCAAAUUGUUAUUUUUCCCGUUUC